GCCAUACCGAAAGUAGGCGAUCGAGUCGAGUGAAGAAUUCAGCGGCCAUGAAGGGGAGGAAGAGGCAUCACGCCAUGUCCUGCUGCGUGGUGCUCACCGUUCUCGUUAUCCUGGGCAUCCUCUCCAUCGUGCUCUACAUCCUGUACCGCCCGCUCCCGCCGCGCGUGGUGACGUCGCCCGUGGAGACCAUCGUCCAGGACUUCAGCCUCCUCCCGCCGUCGCUCACGCUGUCCGCCAGCGUGCACGUGAUGGCGAGCAACCCAAGCCGCGCGCCGUUCCGGUACGGGGAGACGGUGACGGCGGUGACGUACCACGGCGAACCCGUGGGGACGACGGUGGUGCCGGCCGGCAAAAUCGGCAGGCGGACGACGACGUGGGUGGCUCCGGUGACGGUGGUGGACGGGAUCAAGGUGGCCGAGAGCCCGCACUUCGCCAGCGACGUGGUGGCCGGGGCGCUUCCGUUCGUGGUGGUGGUGAGGCUGGACGGGAAGGCGCUGGUGCUGCGCGCGUUUGAGGUGAGCGUCACCGUCGAGGUGGUGUGCUACGUCCAGGUCUACGUCCUCCAGGGGGACAGCAGCUCGAACUGCGUCUCGAGGGUCCGCACAGGGCCUGGACGUAAUUACUAGGCGUGCGCCACUCGUAAUCCAUCCAUCCAUCCUCUUGUGCCACAAUUUGUUUUAUUUGUUCUUUCCAGUUUGUAAGUCGGAAACUAUAUAUGGACGUUCCGGUUGUGAGUUCCUACUGCAUACGUACAUUCUGAAGCUGAUUCCAAAUGACCAUGCCAAUUUCAGUGGCGGGCCCAUGAACUUUA